ACCAGUUGUAAUCCGUUAUCGAUAAAAGUUUUGGCACUCUGCAUCCCUGGUUGCUCCACGAAGAAAAAAACAAAUAACAAAUUGUUUUUAUACAUCUUAAAGGGAUUUAGGUAAAAUGAGCGACGCUGCGGUAGCUGUUGAGUCGGAGGAGAGGAUGGUGGCCAACAAUAAGAUCCACUUCUCCAAGGAGGUGAAGCAGGUCAUCGACAAGGUUCUCAAAACGGAUGAUCCCAUGGAUGCGCCAGACUUUAAUACCGUGGACUACAUCAACCAGUUGUUUCCCAACGAGCAAUCGCUGGCCGGGAUUGACGAGACCAUCCAGAAGAUGCAGUGCGAGGUGUCGCUCAUCGAUGACAACAUCCGAUCCGUGGUCCGUGGCCAGACGAACACCGGUCAGGAUGGCCAGCUGGCACUUUGUGAGGCCCAGAAGGUGAUCAGCUCCCUGUUCAGCCACAUCAUCGACGUGAAGACGCGGGCGGAGCGCACCGAGGAGAUGGUCAAGGAGAUCACCCGGGACAUUAAGCAGCUGGAUUGCGCCAAGCGGAAUCUCACCGCUGCCAUUACCACGCUGAAUCACCUGCACAUGCUGGUCGGUGGCAUCGACAGCCUCAAUAAGCUCAUAGAGCGCAGGUCCUACGGCGAGAUCCUCAAUCCCCUGCAGGCCAUCACCGAGGUUAACCAGCACUUCCAGCAGUUCUCCGACAUCGAGGAAAUCAAGAAUCUCUCGCAGAGCGUGGACAAAAUACAAGUGACUCUGGCGCAGCAAAUCACGGAGGACUUCAAGGAGGCCUUUGCCGCCAAGCCCGCGGCGCAAAACCAACACCGUUUGGGACUCAAUCAACUGGCCGAUGCCUGCAAGGUGAUGUCCGUGCUGGAUCCUAAAGUGAAAAAGGAGCUGCUCAAGUGGUUCAUUGCCCAGCAGUUGGAGGAGUACACACACCUUUUCCACGAGAACCAGGACAUUGCAUGGCUGGACAAGAUCGACAAACGCUAUGCCUGGCUUAAGAGGCAUCUUCUGGACUUUGAGGAUAAAUAUGGACCAGUGUUUCCCUUGGACUGGGAGGUUUCCGAACGGAUAACAGUGGAGUUUUGCCGGCAGACGCGCGAGCAGCUGGCACAGAUCAUGUCCAAGCGCACCAACGAGAUCGAUGUGCGACUCCUUUUGUUUGCCAUCAACAAAACGCAGGCUUUUGAGCAACUGCUUUCGAAGCGCUUCACGGGAGUCACUUUGGGAGCAAAACCUGCUGAGCAGGCGCGAGUGCUCACAACAGAGCAGCCAUCGGCUUCGGAUGCUCCUGUGGGCCCGACCGUCUUUCACGACCAAAUCGGGCAAUGUUUCAAGUCGCACUUGGACAUCUACAUACGCAGCAUCGAUCGCAAUCUGGCAGAGCUCAUGGACAAGUUCGUGGAGAUGUCACGGGAACCCUACAAGUUCGCCGAGGCCAAGACCACUGUUUAUCCCAGCUCAGGAGAUCUUUUCGUUUUCUACAAGAAGUGCAUGGUGCAGUGCAAUCAGUUGAGCAACGAACAGCCCAUGUACGAUCUCGCUUUGGUUUUCAAGAAGUAUUUAAGGGAAUAUGCCUCCAAGGUUUUGGAAGGCAGCACACCUAAGCUGGUGCCCGCCACCACUGGCAGCUCUAUAGGCAAAAGUGUCUCCUUGCUCACACGCGACAUGCAGAAUUUGUCAACUGCUGCUGGACAAGUGUUCCACAACUUUCUGAAAGAAGGCGACACGCAGCGCUUCUCAAGGGAUGAUCUGGUGCGCAUCUGCUGCGUGCUGACCACCGGUGAAUACUGUCUGGAGACCGUCCAGCAACUGGAGGAUAAGCUUAAAGAGAAGGUGACUUCCGGUUAUGUCAGCAAGAUUGACAUGAGCGAGGAGAAGGAUGUGUUUCAUCGCAUCAUCUCCAAUUGCAUACAGCUUUUGGUUCAGGAUUUGGAGGCAGGUUGCGAAGCCUCGUUGCAGGCAAUGUCCAAAGUGCAGUGGCAGCACAUCAACAAUGUGGGCGAUCAGAGUGCUUUUAUAAGCAGCCUCUGCGGGAAUUUCAAGCAGACAGUGCCUACCAUCAGAGACACUCUGGCCAGUUCACGGAAAUACUUUACCCAAUUCUGCCAUCGCUUUGUGGCUGCCUUCAUACCAAAGUUCAUUAAUGUGCUGUACCGCUGCAAAUUAACCCUUUCGGAUGGAUCCAAUAAUGUGCUGGGCUGCGAACAGCUUCUUUUAGACACCCAUUCGCUGAAGACGGCCCUUUUGGAGUUGCCUUCGGUGGGAUCGAGUGUGAAUCGCAAGGCACCCACCAGCUACACCAAAGUUGUGGUCAAGGACAUGACGCGUGCGGAGAUGAUCAUUAAAGUGGUGAUGACGCCUGUGCAGCCGCCGGCGCACUUUACCCAGCAGGUCCUGAAACUGCUGCCCGACAUCACCAUAGCGGAAUAUCAAAAAAUACUGGACAUGAAGGCUGUGAAGCGAGUGGAUCAGCUGCAGUUGAUCGAUCUUUUCAAGCACACGGCUUCGGCGGCGGCAGUUAGUGGUUUGAUUGAGGCAACAACGGGCGAUGACGAGGCCACGGAAGUGCCUGCUGUAACCUCAGGAACCAUUGAUGAAGGCGAAACCUCGACAGGAGUAACUGAAUCUUCAGCCACUACGACAACUACGGCUUCCACUUCCACGCCCAAAAGAGCCUUCAUCUUCAGCGUGGGCAGCUUCACGGGCAGUGCGGACAGAAAUGCCGAUGGCAGUUCCCAAACGGGCAUCAGAAAACUAGAGAGUCUACUGAAAAAGCGCUUCCCCUAGGCCGUAAAUCAAUGUUCCCAUUCCAUCGCUUUAGUUUGACAAUAUUCGUUAAUGCUUAUUUAAUUAAUUUAUAGAGCCUUCUCCGGUGUAAUUGGUAUAAUUAUACUUAUAGCGACAAAUGACAUAUUCAGUUUUGUAGUUAA